UUUAAAUACGCUAAAUUAUGCCAAUCUGCGACCACAUCUGCCCCUGGAACCAGCCAGAGACCCCAGGACGCGGAGCCCUCGUAGCCCUCGGAGACGGGGCCGGAGGCGGGGCCAGAGGCGCUGAGCGUGGCUACUCGCCGCUAACUUACUUCCGGACUCCUGAGUUCCGUCCCGCCUCCGACCGGAAGUGCUGUCGCCGUCGCCCCGCCCCUUGGCCUUUGCCCUGGUUGGGGCAGGACUUCCUGUCUCGUGUGUCCAAGGACCUCCAAAGUGAACCCGGGUUCCGAUGGUCAGGACCCGUGACGUGGAGAAGUUCGCAGCCAGGCACCGGCGUUCACCCUCUCGUUCUUGCAGUUCUCCUGGCUGUCCUCCCUCGGCGUCCCCGAGAGGCCCGAUCACCAAGCUGGUGUCUGUCCGCAGGUUCGGGGACGGCCAUGGAGCAGCGGCCGCGGGCGCCAAGGAGCAUCCUCUGGACGCUGGGUCCUUUCCCUCGGGUCUUUGCUGCGGAGGCCGUGGCCGCCAGUUCUGUAGCCGCCGACCCGGAGGUCCUUGUGGAGGACCAGAAGCUACCGUCUCCAUACAUCCCAGGACCCCAGCCCCUGGAGUCUGGAUGGGACCGCCUCCGGGAGCUGUUUGCCAAAGAUGAACGGCAGAGAAAUUCAAAGGAACUUGAGAAUAUUUAUAAGGCAGCCAUUACAGGAGGCAUCAUUGGCUGGGUAUAUGGGGGAGUACCAGCUUUUAUACAUGCUAAACAACGCUACAUUGAGCAGAGCCAAGCAGAAGUUUAUUAUAACCGGUUUGAUGCUGUGCAAUCUGCACAUCGUGCUGCCACGCGAGGCUUCAUCCGAUACGGCUGGCGCUGGAGCUGGAGAACUGCAGUGUUUGUGACUAUAUUCAACACAGUGAACACUGGUCUAAGUGUAUACCGAGAUAAAAAUGCCCUAAGCCAUUUUAUCAUCGCAGGAGCUGUCACAGGAAGCCUUUUUAGAAUAAAUUUAGGUCUGCCUGGUUUCGUAGCUGGUGGCAUAGUUGGCGCCUUGCUAGGUACUCCUGUUGGGAGCCUGUUGAUGGUACUCCAGAAGUACUGUGGUGAGACGAUUCAGGAGAGAAAACAGAAGGAGAAAAAAAUACUCCAAGAGCUGAAACUGGAAGAGUGGAAAGCCAGAUUACAAAUUACUGAGCUCCUCCCUGAAGAAAUUGAAAGUAGCCUACAGAAAAAUCAACCCAAGGAUGAUAUUAAGAAAAUUGAAGCACUGCUAAAUCUUCCUAGAAACCCCUCAUCAGCAGAUAAACAAGACAAGGACUGAAAAUGUUCUGGACCUGAAACUCAUUGGAGAGUUGAAGAGAGCUGCCAUGCCCAUUGAAUGCCAGUAGUCGGACUACUCUUUGGAUAGCUGAUGAUAGGUGUAAGAGCUAGCACCUAUAAUGGCAGUGACUUGCUCUCACCUUUUAUAAAACCAAUAAUUGGGCUGUUGUACUCUCACUUUAUUUAUCCUUAAAUUUAAAUACAUACAUAUAUUUAUAUUGGUCAAUAUAUGUAUUUGACAUAUCUAUAUUGAUCGAUCAAUAGAUCUUUUUCCUGAAUUUUACAACAGUAAAUUAAAAAUUUCUCAAAAGAUUAAA